GUUUGCAGCAAGACUCUCAACCAAAUAUGUUUCUUCCCCCAAAGCAGUUGAUCUCCAACAAUGUCGUUCAUUUUUGAAUGGAUCUACAAUGGCUUCAGCAGUGUUCUGCAGUUUCUAGGAUUAUACAAGAAGUCUGGCAAGCUAGUCUUCUUGGGUUUGGAUAAUGCUGGCAAAACCACUCUUCUGCACAUGCUGAAAGAUGACAGAUUGGGUCAACAUGUUCCUACACUGCAUCCAACUUCAGAAGAGCUGACCAUUGCUGGGAUGACAUUCACAACUUUUGAUCUUGGUGGUCAUGAGCAAGCUCGACGUGUCUGGAAGAACUACCUACCAGCAAUUAACGGGAUUGUCUUUUUAGUGGACUGUGCAGAUCACCCACGUCUUAUGGAAUCCAAAGUGGAGCUUAAUGCACUAAUGACUGAUGAAACAAUAUCCAAUGUGCCGAUUCUUAUCUUGGGUAACAAAAUUGACAGACCAGAAGCUAUCAGUGAGGAGAAGCUGCGAGAAAUUUUUGGGCUUUAUGGACAGACCACAGGAAAGGGAAACGUGCCACUGAAGGACUUAAACACACGCCCCAUGGAAGUGUUCAUGUGUAGUGUACUGAAGAGACAAGGCUACGGUGAAGGUUUCCGUUGGCUAUCGCAGUACAUUGACUGAUAUUUGGAGAGAUGGAUCUACUUCUGGACUGAUCCUGUUCACAGCUUCCUUAUGGACUUUUCUAUUAGAACAUGGAAGGCUCUCCAACCGCAUACUGGCAGUGACCCAGAAAUUCCUGUCUUCAGUUACCCUACAUCACAGUGGUGACACAAUUCUUUUCCUCUUGCCUGGGAGAUUACACUCUGUACACAGGUGCAGGUUGUCACUUCCAGUUGCCGUAGCUUUCUGUGGAAGCCAUGGCUUUCAGUUACAACGGGGCUGGUGAGCUCGGGUGCAAAGCUCUGCACACAGUACUCUAGUGGCUGAAAAAGGGAACAUGUCUCACCACUGUGGCCAAUUGACAAAAGAAAGCAAUUAUAUUUUUUAAAGAAAGUGUUUAAUGUAAAUGGUGUCCCUUUAGAUUUUUUUUCCCCAGUUAGCAUUCAUCUUGUUUGGGCCAGAAUCCGUUAAGAAUUUUUAAAACACAUAUAUUGAAGGGUAUUUAGGUUGUUCCCAAAUUAUUAAACCAGCUAUCAUGAUACUCAAAAUCUUUAGUAAACAGAGUGGGGCUUAAUUGCCCGGUGAGAUGGUUGUGCCAUGUCACACUGCUUGAUCAUGAAGACGGUGCUAUUGGGACUGACUUGUGCAAUGAUUUUUUUUUUCCUUCUUAAUUUACAGGGAUUUUAGUUGGGGAUGGGGUGGGGGGAACAGAGCACGCACACAGGCACACUUGUUCUAGUUUUCCAUGUCCUCAUUGGGUUGGAGUCUAAAUGCGGUUACUCACCUUUGCCCACCUCUAUAAGUUCUGAUCACUUUCUCGCCAGCUGUCUCUUUUGCAGCAGCAGCAACAUUCUCAGACUUAUGGGUUAUUACUUGUUCUACAUUGCAGGCAGUUGCUGCGCACAGCAGUGGAAAUCAUGGAUUUGUUUUGUUGAGUUACUAUAGCAUUAAAGUGUUCCAACAUAACGCAUAUCAUAAUGCUAUUAAUGUAAACUAACCCCUUUUCUUUUUUUAUAUUCAACAGAGCUUGUGUUUGAAUUUCCAUUCCUGUCUCCACAUCUUCAUUUUUAGUAAAAAAAAAAAAAAAGUAAAAAAAGUAAGACAUCUUUCUCAGAGUGGCUUAGUGGUCUGGAAAUACCUUGGCUUAGUUCUUGUUACAAAACAUGAAAUACAGCACAGCAAUGUAGCAGGUGAAUGCAGGCUGUGAUGCUUCAGGCACUUGUUCUGCAGACAGGUAUAUCAAUGCUGUGAAUUGUGUCUUGUAAUUUGAUUGACUGCUGUGGUCCUAUGACCUUUGUCUUAACAAUUAAUUCCCUGAAAGAGAGGUUUCAGAUCCUUGACAGUUGGAAGCCCCAAAGCUUCUUGUGCUGGUGGUGAUUGCCUGUUACCUGCAAGUGUUGAAAAUGCAGUUCCUUCAACCACGGAACCUGUCAGUUUUGCCUAAUGCUCUGGCAUGUCAGUUUGCUUCAGCUUACCUAAAGCUGCGUGAACACUUGAGUGCCAAGUGGCCCCCUGAAAAUGCUCUGUUGCAGUCUUGUAAUGCAGCUGUGCUUUGCUGUCAGCAAAGAGUUGAGCAUACUGCAGAAAUGAUACUUAAGUUGUACAUGUGUAUAGGUCUGACUUGCAAAGUGCGAAACGGUAUACCCCAAGACAGUGACACUGAACCUUGAUUGGAAGAACCACGGAAUAGCAGACUAUUCCCCAAAAGGGUAACUAGACAGAUGUCUGACUCCAGGAUCAAGAGGGCUCCCACUUCUAGAAUGUUAAGUCAUUUUGUAGCUGUUCGUCUGUGUCUUCGCCACCAAAAUGGCAGCAUAUCUCACUACCGGAGUCUUGAGUUCUUUUAAUCCUGUCUCUGUGAAGUCUGUGGGUUUUCUAUAGAAGGAUCGUCACUCGUCUAUCUGUGACUCUCCCUUAGGCCAAAGUGCCUAUGGAUUUGGUGCCAAGGAGGUGUUAGAGAACAACACCAAACUAUAGUGACCCAGCCGAUACUCUUGACUUUGUUGAUCAGACGUAAAUAAUCCUGUCUCCAGGACUGAGCACCUAAAGUUCUCCUAUUUGGCUGUUACAUUCAAGGAAU